UCUCUCUCUCUCUCUCUCCCUGCGACUGUCUGUCCUUCUCCUGCACACCAACGUGGAGGUGCGAGUCCUUCCCUCACCGGCAUCCACUUCAUCUUGGCAUAGGUCUGGGCUGUGACCCCCUGCUACAGUCAUGGCACCCAAAAAGAACAAGGCCGCAAAGAAGAAUAAAGCAGACAUCAAUGAGAUGACAAUCAUGGUGGAAGACAGCCCAGUCAAUAAAAUCAAUGGGCUAAACACUCUUCUGGAAGGUGGCAAUGGCUUUAGCUGCAUCUCAACAGAGGUCAAUGACCCUGUCUAUGCCCCUAACCUCUUGGAGGGCCUUAGUAACAUGAGACAAGACAGCUUCCUGUGUGAUCUGACAAUAGCAACCAAGUCUAAGUCUUUUGAUGUGCACAAAGUUGUUAUGGCAUCUUGUAGUGAGCAUAUCCAUAACAUUCUCAAGAAGGAUCCAACCCUUCAAAAGAUUGAUCUCAAUGAGCUGUCCCCAGUUGGUUUGGCCACAGCCAUCACAUAUGCCUACUCUGGAAAACUGACCUUGUCACUCUACACCAUUGGCAGCACAAUCUCAGCAGCCUUGCUUUUGCAGAUUCACACCCUAGUUAAGAUGUGCAGUGACUUCCUAAUGCAGCAGAUAAGUGUUGAAAACUGUAUGUAUGUAGUCAACAUCGCAGAUACAUACAACCUAAAAGAAACGAAGGAGGCAGCUCAGAAGUUCAUGCGAGAGAAUUUCAUUGAGUUCUCAGAGAUGGAACAAUUCUUGAAGCUCACCUAUGAGCAGAUUUGCGACUUCUUAACAGAUGACUCCUUGCAACUACCCUCAGAACUCACAGCCUUUCAGAUUGCAAUUAAGUGGUUGGACUUUGAUGAGAAGAGACUGAAGUAUGCAUCAGACCUGUUAACGCACAUUCGCUUUGGCACCAUUUCAGCCCAGGAUCUGGUCAGCCAUGUGCAAACUGUUCCUAGGAUGAUGCAAGAUCCAGAGUGUCAUCGUCUCCUGGUGGAUGCCAUGAAUUAUCAUCUGCUGCCAUACCAACAAAACAUCCUGCAGUCUAGAAGAACCAAGGUCCGUGGUGGCCAAAAAGUACUGCUUACUGUCGGUGGACGACCUGCCUUGACCGAAAAAUCACUCAGCAGGGACAUUCUCUAUAGGGAUGAGGACAACAUUUGGAACAGACUGGCUGAGAUGCCUGCAAAAAGCUUCAAUCAGUGUGUGGCUGUCCUGGAUGGCUUCCUCUAUGUGGCUGGUGGUGAAGAUCAGAAUGAUGCUAGGAACCAAGCAAAGCAUGCUGUUAGCAAUUUCUGCAGAUAUGACCCCCGAUUCAACUCAUGGAUCCAUCUCACCAGCAUGAUUCAAAAGCGUACACAUUUCAGCAUCAACACCUUUAAUGGUCUCCUGUUUGCUGUUGGUGGACGCAAUUCAGAUGGCUGCCAGGCUUCAGUUGAGUGUUAUGUCCCAUCCUCUAACCAGUGGCAGUUAAAAGCACCCAUGGAGGUACCAAGAUGCUGUCAUGCUAGCACGGUCAUUGAUGGCAAGAUCUUGGUAACUGGAGGGUACAUCAACAAUGCCUACUCCAGAGCUGUCUGUUCUUAUGACCCAUCAACAGAUAGUUGGCAGGAUAAAAACAGCCUGAGCACUCCAAGAGGCUGGCAUUGUGCAACCACUGUUGGCGAUCGGGCCUAUGUUCUUGGUGGUAGCCAGCUUGGAGGGCGCGGAGAGAGGGUUGAUGUGUUGCCAGUUGAAUGUUUCAACCCUCAUUCAGGCCAGUGGAGCUACGUUGCCCCCUUGCACACAGGAGUGAGCACUGCAGGUGUGGCCGCACUGAAUAAUAAGAUUUACCUUCUGGGAGGAUGGAACGAGGUAGAGAAAAAGUACAAGAAAUGCAUUCAGGUAUACAACCCCGACCUUAAUGAAUGGACUGAGGAUGAUGAGUUGCCCGAGGCUACAGUGGGCAUCUCAUGCUGUGUUCUUACCAUCCCCACUCGUAAAACACGAGAAUCCAGGGCUAGCUCAGUAUCAUCUGCUCCAGUCAGUAUAUAGGUGACAGGAUAGGAUAGGGGAAUGUAGCUAUCUUGAUAAUGCAUAAUAUACAUAAUUUUCCUUCCAACUGUGAAAUAUUUUUCACUCUCAGGCCAACCAUACACAUUUAUAAAAAUACAACACAUUUUUUAUAAACAACAAUUUUUUUUUACAAAUGUAUUGUAAUUUCAGUUUCAUAUUGUUUUAAUUUUAGCAAGCAACGCAUAUUAAAACAGUAUAUUAAGGAUUACUUCAAUGUGGAUCAAAUGCGGAUUGUUCAAUAUGCUAAAUGAAUUUGCAAGUAUUAAAAUUGUUCAAAUUAUAAGAACAACGAAAUAAAAUGAAGUUUUGUUUGGA